AUUUAAGGUACGAAGCAAGCAGCAGAUGGAACGUCCGCAUAUUUUGCUUCCCAUCACUCCAACUAGUUUGUCACUUUGGAGAUGCCGUAGACUCUCUCUGUAAUCCCAGGAGUCUUCUCUCCAUAGCAACGCAUGAUGCUUGUGUUGGCAACCGAGAGCUGAGCCUGCUUAAGCGAGGUGCGACUUCUGCAGAAAUUUUAUCAUUCAGACCAGACAACAACUCUAAGUGUCCCCCUGCCUGAGAACUGAAUAUUAAGGUCUGACAUCUAGAUAAUAAAGGACGUUCGCGCAGUCAUCGCGUGAUAUUUACGAUUUCUAAAUGUCUGCUGUGGUGUUGAAAUCCAAGAAUACAGUUCCAGAAAGCGGAAAACAGCCGCCCCCAGUUCUAAAGCACCUUAUUACCGACAGUGAUUUAGGGAUACGCGAGGGUGUUCCUUUGAGGUCUUUAGAACUUAACAAUGUAGUGAAUCUGAUAGAAGAUCCCUUUUCGUGCAAUUUAAAGGAGCGGCACCUAGUUGUUCUGAAAAAAGUUGUGAAAAAGUACCAAAAUGGCAUUCCAUUGAAGGAUGUAGUACAGAUGUUUAGAAUUCUAAACCUCUGUGCAGAAAAAAUAAAGGAGCACCCUGACUAUAUUAAUCCAGUCUAUGAAAUUAUUAAAUUAUGUGGACUGCCUUUUCUAAAGGAAAAAUCAUCAGAUGAAAUGAAUUAUGCACAGAUCGUAACUGAAUCAAUCUCCCAAUUGGGUUAUUUGAUGAGAGUGCCCAGUGAUCAAGUGAGACUGCAAAUAUGUGAUACCAUUAUUGCAUUUUAUAAUCCAAAGACUCCAAAACAGCAAGUUGAAGGUUUCAUUCCAGCUAGCAACAGUUACAGGCUGCAGAUGGUAGAAAGAAGUGGCUUGGCAGAAACUCUUGUGUUGUCCCUAGCAUUGCUCGAAACUCAGCUGGAGGUGAAGCUGCACGUGCUCCAUGCUUUGCAGACGCUUUCUGGUUCUUCUGAAAUUAACUGCAAUCUAAUUCUAAAAGCUGAAGGAGCAAGUAAAAUUUGCUUGAGACUGAAUGAACAUGAUCCAUCUGGCCAGCUCCUAUUUCGUUCUUCUGAAAUCUUAUGGAACUUGUUAGAAAAAGGAUAUAGGGAGGAGAUCACUUUACAGCUUAGCAAUCUUGAUUGCAUAAGAACACUAAAGGAGGUAUUUUUACAUCAACUUUUACAUGGCUUCCGACGCUAUGAUCUACAACUGAGGAAUGAUUUACUUGUGAUAACAACAAUAAUUGCACAAAAUCCAAAGGCACCAAUAAUUGAAAGUGAAUUUGCAAAACUUCUCUCUUUCUUAGCAACAUUUCCUGAAGUGAAAAGCCAUAAUCCCCUUGCACGCAGCAUCAAAAUAUCCUUUUGCCAUGAAGACUUUGAGAUGAAGAAACUUUUGUUCAACUUUCUAGUUAUUAUGGCGAAAGAUCUAUCAGCUAUUCAGUUAUUCAAGGAUAGUAAGGUGCUCUUGGCAUUGUUUCACUAUCUUACUCAACAUGAAAAAAAGGGUGCCCAUGGCUGGUCUGCUGCCCAACACGAGGAAUUGCAGCUUCAUGCUUUAGCUACAUUGACUACAAUUGCUCCUUUGCUAAUUGAAGACUAUACAACUUGCCAAGGAAACACACGCCUGCUCAUGCUUCUUGAGUGGUGUGUUGGUCAAGAUACUUACACUGGUGAAGGGAACAGUUUUCAUGGAUGUGGUGUCCGUGGAAAUAAGAAUGCACAUAUGCGGUACUGUGUAAGGCUUUUGAGAUCGAUGGUAUUUUUGGGAGAUACAGCUAUCAAUCAAGACCUCUGUGACCAAGGAGUGAUAAACAUUUUAACAGGUAUUCUUAUAAAAACUGCAGAGCAAUAUAAAGAGGAUGAUGCAAUUUCACUUGAACUGAAGGCUGACAUGCUGCUCAUUUUGUCUACGCUGUGUGAAAAUGAUCUCCACAGAAAAGAGCUGUUUGGUGGUGAUGGUGUGGAAAUAUUAAAGAAAUUAAUGAGAAUUGACCCUUCAACAUUCUACAGUGGAUUAGGUCACAAUAAGCUCAUUCUUGCAACCUUAGAUUGCAUUUGGUCCUGCAUUGUGGGGUGUUACACCAUAGAGGACAUUUUUUUGGAAAAAGAAGGUAUUUUCCUGCUUUUGGAUUUACUUGAAUCAGGACCAAAGAACAUGCACAUUGUACUUCUUGCUACUUUGCUUGAGCUUUGUGAUAAUCCCAAAACUAUUAAACACAUCAAUGCAUGGAAAGGAAAGAAGGAUUUGACCGCAGCGGCUCUACUGGUUUCCUUAUGGAGAGAUGAAGAAAAAGAAAUGGGAGUUCUACGAGAUGAGCAUGGACGAAUUGUUGAUUCCAAGAAACCAUUAUUGGGAUUGUAUCAAGAAAGUGAACCAGUGAUGCCUCUGCCUGCAAAUAGUCCAAGUCCUGCUGUCAUGGAUGUUUCUGAGAACAUGAGAGCAAAGAUUUAUUCAAUCUUGUCAAAAAUAGGAUUCGAAGAUUUGCCUGGUCUAUCAACACAUGAUUAUAUUACACUUGCUAUCAUAAGUCGUUACCUGGAUUUUAAGGUAGGAGAAAUAUGGCAUGAGAUUUCAAGUGAGCUUAAAGAAGAAGGUAUAAGGCCAACUACACCUGACUUGAAAGAUUUAGAAACAAUAGAACACGUCACAGCAGAAGUGGGAGAAAAGGUUAUAAUACUGCAGGCUGAAAUUCUAGAAAAUCAACAGCAAAAAGACCUCCAAGAUGAGCAGGAGAUGUAUGCUGAGAUACGCAACAACUACAAACAAAGAGAAAUAGCUGUUAAAGCUUGGGAACAAUAUUUAGCAAGAACAUCAAAUUAUGAAGUAUUAAAGAAUUUGAAACAGUUUCAGGAUGAGUCCAUUGAGUUAUCAAAGCCAAAGAUAGUGCAGCAAGAUUCCUUGUUUCAUGCUACAAUUCUUCCUGGUCCCACCACUACAACAUUCUGUGGUCGUCAAUUGGCAGUGGAAAGCACACCAACCGAGCUGACAGGAGGACCCUUGGCAAACACCGAACUUGGACUGGAACGGGCCUCAAUCAGAGGGGGUGCCUUACAGAAAACUAAGGCUGCAAAAGACCUGGAUCAGUUUCAGAUCAGUUCAGUGUCUGUAAAGUAGACUUUUUUGGUCAUCUAACAUGGCUUUUUUUGUAUUUAUUGUCAAUAAAGACAAGAAUGUAUAUCAUCAUUUAGUGUAACUGUUUUGGGGCAUCAUUUAGUUCACCAUAAUAUGUCUACAGUACUUAUUAUACAGCUAGGAAUAAUUGCUGUCAGUUACAAUAAUACUAGAGCUAAACCAAAGCUGAAAUAUAAAACUAGAGAGCUAAUUUCCAAAACUUUGUUCAGCAAGGUCUAUUUUCAAAUAUGUACAGGUUUUGAUGACUUUUGCAAGAUAUCAUAAAUGUAGUAAGGCAUUAAUAUAUACUGUAGAUAAGGAAAGUUGUAUCAAAGAUGCCAUAGUGUCACGCAGGUUAGUGCUGAGAGUCACUACUGUGCAUGUUAGUCUCAUAAGAAUGAGUGUGUGUAUAAAAGCUGCCCCAUCCAUGGCUAGUGCUUGUUACUUCCCAGCAUGUGUGGGCCAUCGGCCCCUAUCCACAUUCAAUGGCUUUAUUCCUGAACCCACCUGUCAUCAUUACCAUAAAAUCUACUAUGCUGUUUACAGGAUUAGGAGUCAACACAUCAGUUGGUUUUAUAAUAAUAAUACAAUGAAUGUUAUAGUUACAAUAACCCAUUACACUGGUCUGUACCAAAAUCCUCCUGCACAAAAAAGUCAAUGUACUUUGUACUUUUAAACUACCUUGUGACUGCUUUUUGCAAGUAAUAAUUAUGUAAAACAAUUAAUUUUUAUAAUUUUUCUUACUCUAAACUAUCUCUUUUUUUCAUUUUAAAGCUUCAUCUCUCUAAAACUGGAUGUAAUAGAGUAAUUCUGUAUCCAGUGUUGAAUUCUCACACACACACACACACACACACACACACACACACACACCCACACACCCUAAACCCAGGGAUUGUCCCAGCAACAAUGUGCACAAGGUAGGAGAGGGUAUCGGUCCAUUGCAAAGUCAUGCUUUAUAAACCUGAUGUGCAUUUAUAAAAUUAUUUCUUAUUAAAAAAUAUAAUAUUAUAAAGUAGCUCAGUUUUACUCUUCAAAGAAUCAGAUCUGGUUUGUGGUUAAUUGAUUUUUUUGUUUGUCACUAAAGUAUUUAGAAAAGAGUGUCUGACUUGCCUUAAGGAUUUAAAGAAUGAGGUUGAUACUUUUCAAGUCAAUAUUAUUUCUUCACAAUCAUGUUAAUUAUUAAUCUGCCACAUAAAAUUAUAUUUUAAAGUAAAGAAUUUUAUUUAAAUUUUGGAAACACCUUGUCUGUUCUGGCAGUUUACAAUGGGGAUGAAGGGUACCAGGGUCAAUACAUGAAAACAAAGGCUUAAAUUUAGCAAAUACUUUCAUUUUUCAAGCCAAGGUUGUUAUUGGAUAUUAAUCUGCACCCUGAGAAACUGGCUCUGCUGCUCACCAUGUUGAUUGCCUUUCCCUCCACAGCACUAUGUGAAAGGCAAAAAAAGUGUGUCUGCCCAUCACAGGAACAACUGAUGCACAUGCACAAUCAUGCAUAAUCCCAUUCACGCUAACCUGGAAUCACCAUUACAAAUCUUAAUGGCAUAUAUGUUAGAAAGAGUACUACAUUAAACCUAGGAGAAACAUGUAAACUCCACAUGGACAACAACUGGGCACACAAUUUAAACCCAUGAUGCUUGAUCCGCAAGCAAUGAUUCGUCUGCCUUGCCUCUCUAUGUUAGAGCUAUGAAUUUACACAGUAUUCAGUUUGAUAGUAAACAACAUUUCCGUUGUUACUUUUCUAUGGCACUAAAUUUAAGUCUAUCGUACUUGCGACUGCCGUAAGAUAACUUAGCUUAGUUAUGCUUGAAACUGCAGUUGGCUUCAAUAACGGGUGAUCAGGAACACAUUUUCUUUUGAUUUUCAGGUUCCAGUAGCCGUGCAUUAAGAAAUGAGCACUACAAAGUCACAGGUCUCAUUUCAAUAGGUCUCCCAUUCAAGUGUUCACAAUUCAAGCACUAUAAGCCAUAACUUUAAGGCAUCGUGAGUACCACAAGUAAGUUGAUCAAAACACUUUGUUUUUUAUAUUUUUCUUUACAUCCUAGAUAUGCACAUUUUCUAACUACAUCUUUCAAAAGAUAAAAUUGCUCCAAACAGCUACAUGAACCUUGCUUGGUUUGUUGCUGAAGUCUAAAUUCCACCUAUGUCAACAGUUAUGAGCAGACAAGCGAACAGGAAAUGCAUUCUUACCUCAAGAAAAGUAUUUCCAGGAAUCUGUGAACACAAAAUUAUUUCUACUUUCCUUUCGCUAUCAGAAGGAUGCGCCAUAAAUACAGAAGGCAUGUUUUCUUAAAUUGAAUCCUUUGCUGCUUCAGAGUGGACAUAUUUGGUAAGUAUGAAGGCUUUCUCACUUAAAUGUGGACUCAUACAUGUAAACUUUGACUUGAAAAACAUCAAACAUAUCCUUUAGGUCCUCCUUCCAUAAUCUUCCACCCUCCUAUAAUCGUGGGUCAGCCUUUUGAUUGUUUUCACUGAGGUUCACUAAGUGGUAACAUGACAUGCAAGGUGAUUUGCACAUAAACCCUGAUUUUAUAUGCAGAUACACAGUCUAGCUAUAUAGUAUGCACCUCCAUGUUAUACUGUGUCAGGUAUUCUGUCCUCAUCAGUAUUUUACAGACAUGUAGCAUCAGAGUUUUAGUUCUUAAUUUUGUUCUUAAUAUGUUUACGGCGCUAAUUGCCAUUUGCAAAACUACAUCAAGGAAUAUUAGAAGUAGAGUAUUCGGGACUGAAUCAAAAACAAUAGGAUUUUGAGUGAUGUGUGAUUAAAAUAUUUGUGAAGGCGAUUGGGCAGCUAGUGAUUUUCAACAUUUGAUCUAUAGUGCCUUUUUUAUUCUUUUGUAUAGAAAAAAGCAUACAAAAUAUAUUUGCAUGGCCCUCAGUAGAACUGGCAGGAUAAAUUAAUCUAUUUUUGUCUUUCAGGUUAGCCAUUUCAUCAUGCCCACGAAUGAAAUUGUCAUUUUCUGUUAAAAAAGAUGCAUCGCAA